CCACGAUGGUGGCGGCCCAGGAUGGCUGCCCUGUUUGACCUGAGCAUGCGAAACAUGCCGUCUCCUUUUAAAUUGUCCACCGCCAGGGCCGCGCCUUACAGGAAUCCUUUAUAGCCCACCAGCAUGCGUCGUCGUGCAUCCGCCCACGCCGCAUCCCUUCCCCCUCGACAUGCCGCUGCGGAAGCGCCUGAAGCAGAGCGCCGUCGACGUGCCUGCUGCUAAAGCGGAGCAGAAAAGAAGCAAGCGGCAGCGGCUGGCCGACUUCUUUAGAUCGAGGAAGCAGAAGAAGCCGGAGGAUAAGGAUGCCGCAUCUAUUCCUGUCCCCGCCGAUAAAGAUGCCGCACGGAAGCCCGCCCGAGACUCCAAAAUCACCGAGUCGACGAAGCCGCGCAAAUCGAGCGCGUCGGCCGAGGUCUCGAGCCCUAGAACAGACAAGGCCGAGCAACCGCCCGCCCUAGAAGCAAAGGAGGAGCACAAGGAGGAGCCAAAGGUGGAACCGCUCAGCGAGGAACACAUCCAUGCUCUCUUUUCAGGAGCACCCCACUUUUGGAUCAAGAACACGGAAAGCCAUGCCUUUCCUAGGGCGACUUUUCCUUGGAAUGAGGAAUUGGCUGUCAAGGACGUCUCAGACUCGGUUCAGCUCGCCCAGCCUGCUUUUUCCGCUGCUACGUUGCGUCAACAUCUUCCGGAUCAACAACGGCCUUCAGAGGAAGAAAAGAAAUACACUGGAUAUGAUGUGGAUAUAGUCGAGGUCCCCAGCAUGCUCAGUGCGCAGGGGCUCGAGCCUGGCACUAUCGGCUUUGUACACUUCCUCGAACUGCCGCAAUCCGACAAUCUCAUCACCGACCUCCAGCAGUCCCAGUCGAGCAAUGGCUUCUUGGAAGCCGUGAGGAAUAAGGAGCAGAUGCAGAGCAAGCCGGAGAGACUUGGCAUUCGAGCAGUGGACAUGAGCAUGGUGCACGACCGACUUGUAGAGCUCGGCGAUCUCUUUGAAGCUUUCCAGGACAGUCCGGAACGUAUGACGAUUCUCAACAAUCAAUCGUCUGGAGAUCUGUACGCGAAUCUCUUCGGAAAGUUCCUGACUCCGCCAGGCUACGACAGCACUGCGGAUGAUCCCACAGGUAUGAAGGUCCAGAUCGAUACACUGCUUAAGAUCCUGGGGUUGAAAGGCGUGUGGCACGAUUUCGGUCUCGUGGAAUGGCGGAUUCGGUUGGGCCAGAUUCUCUGGAGCGACUCCGAUCUAGUGCCCGAGCACGACACUCAGCCACUCUGGAGCGAGCGGGACAUUCUUCUCCUACAAAUCCUUUUAGCCUGCGAGCUGCUGCUCCGGCUAGAUGCUGUUACUAGCUUGGAUGUUGAUGACGUCAAAAGCCAGAUGCAUGUCAGCCCGCAAGAUCUUGAGGGCUUUUUGAAACUCAAGACCCGGAAGACGGGCUGGGACUUGGUCCUAGCUCGACGGUUUCUGGAAAACAUACUUGUCGUCAAAGAAGGCGAUGUGAAUAUUCCUAUACCUGAGCAAAAAUCGCGAGGGCUUUUAUCCAUGCUAAGCUCCAGCGCGCCCAAGGGCUCAUCUGAGGCAGAUAACAAAGCGGACAUCAUUCUCCUCCCGCAGCAUCAAGCACGCCAACUCGCCGGCCUUUUUCAUUUCGCAGAAACAGUGCGAUGGCCAGGGAUCGAUCUUCUUCUAAAGAAUUUAGCGCUCAAGCUGGGUGUCCCGGAAACCAGCCAGGAGCCCGUUCCUUUACCUUCUCCGCAUGGCAGGUUCCUGGAUCCCAGCACUCCAUCGUCAAUCAGCGUGUAUGGGACACCGUUGACAACGCCGCGCUCUAACGGUCUCCUUGACAGUUACUUUGGGCAUAUCGGCAAACCUCCUCUCAGCAGAAACAAUUCACUUCAGGUACCGCUCUCGACCACACUGUUGGCCCAUGCCGAUGGUCCUGAUCAUGCCCUGAACGUUGGUGGUUGGCUCAGUCGUUCGUACCUUACUGGCCUUGUUCUGCCUGGCGAAGCCAUCUCACACUUCUUGAUGUCGACCUUGCUUGAGAAUGACAAGCUGGCAAUCGCCGCUCUGGGAGACUCAGCGAACCUUUAUGGCGGCUUCAUCUACGGUGGGAGGACUUGGUGGAGCAAGGCUUCUGUUGUUGCUCGUGUUCUAGGGUGCAUCGAAGGCGCUGUUGAGUGCAUGGGCUGGGUUACAUUUACAACGCUACCGGAAGCACUACCGGACGGCUGGUAUGCCAUCAACAACGAUCAGCUUCAAUCCGAACAACCCGCCCGGAUUGCAGCCGGAGGGGACAUGGUCGCCCGGGAUUCAGCCGUCAUCCCAGGUCACGAGCUCACCUCCGUCAAGCCGGAAGAUCUCGCGCUCCCCAGCGAUCCAGACACGCCACCAAUUCCUUCAGUGGAAUUGUCUCAUUGGAAUCUGAGUCCUGUGAACGCGGACUCACUGGAACAGGACGUCAACUCGACCCCCGGGUCCGAAGCCGAAUCGCAUGUUGCAUCGAUUACAUUCACGUCUCUCGCGCGCGGAGGAUCCCUCGCUUUAACGUUGUCGAAGGACGUCCAUUUCAUCACCUCGUGGCCGUGCACGCCGCCUGCAGCAUCCUCGACACCAAACCUACCGCAGAUCCUCAAGCGCUCCCAGACACAGCUAUCGCGCUCAUCGUCGAAGCGCAGCACCCAUAGCACACGGAGUGCAAGCGGCCGUUCGUCGCGCCAUCUCAGCCGCCGCAACAGCCAUGGGUACGAACCACUACUAUCGCACCCGCCUGAUUCACCGGCGAUAGGUCCCACACGUGUUUGGUCUCCUAUUCCUGACGAAGAGCCCGGCACGUCCUCGACACCGAAGUCUGAGCCAAUGAACGCGCAUCCACUGCAUGUGUCCUACAAAUACAAGAUCGUCCCUGCGACAGAGGUGCUGGAUCAGAACUUCAUCCUUCCAUUCACGAUGCACGGGUAUAUGUCCCCAUCUCUUUCUUCUCAAAACUCACCCAAGGAGGAGAAAGAGGAGGGCGACGCGAAGGACGACAACAAGACCGUCCUCGUCCUUGAUGCACGCUCGUCGAAAGAUCUGGAGCUUCUUGCUCGUGCUUGGUGCGCGGAGAAGGGCCUGCAUGCGCUCGUUGGACGUGUAGGACGCACGUGUCUGGCUUGCUGUAUCCGCGAGGCGAGAGGGAUUGGUGUGAAUGUGCUGAUCAGGGUGUGAAGAUGUGGGUGUAUUCCGUGCCUCCUUUUCAUGACGAACUUUUGAUGAUUACUCGCACAUAUACCCUCGAGAAUGGCUUCUUCGUAGAUAUUUG